AUGCUUCUUCCCUAUCUUUUGCCACUUCUAUUCCUAUCAACUCAAGGACGACCGUUGGCUAGUUCAGAACAAGAAGAACGAGCAACAGAAAGAACAACAAUCGAGCCACCAAAAAGACGAUCAGAAGAUAUACAAGGAAAUGAUAAUCACUCACCUACAGUAUCCUCGCACACUGUACCCUCAAAUCAUCCGCAUUUCGUCGAAGAGGAAGAGGGUGUGAUCAGACGGCGAACAGACAUCACUUCAUCGGUGGCAAUUGAAAGUCUCGAUUCGCCGAUCGAGCGGAUAGAGAUUCGUUUGAUUGACGGGAAUGGUUCACAUCCACACGUUGAUGAGGUACUUGUUGUAGUUGAUGGAGAUGCGCACAGGCAUACGAAAAGCCUUGGCAGCUCAUUGCGAGAAAAGGUCGAAGGACGAUCCGAACAACAGAAACCAAUCGACACUCUCCCAGAAGCCAACUAUAAAAAAGUUGAAUACACUCAUAUUCCCCAGGCUCGAGUCCAAGCAUCGAUUCAAGAAGAUACAUUGGGGGCUUCAACAACUCAAGCUCCAACGCAAGAAACAAGUACGGAAACCACAGAGGAUUUGAUGGCAAAUGAUGAAGGAAAUAGACAAACUCCAACCAGCACUUAUCCCACUCUUCCACCACCACCGGCUGAGAUCGACGAGUUAACGAAAGAAGUUGACAUGGGUGUGCCAAUGCGAAAAACGACAACUGAUGAGGAAGACGAGGGUGAACCACCAGAGGAAUGUCUAGCUAAUGCACAUUUGUUGAGCGCUUCGGUGGUGCAAAUUUUGGAGGAACGGGCAAAUAGUCUAAAGAAGAAAAUUCAACGGUUGAAUCGAAAUAUGAGAAAACAUUGCGAGGGUGAGUCGGGCGAUGAGCGCGAUUCUUAUAUUCAAUGCCCGAAAUGGCGUGAGCAGAAGAUGGUUCAAUACUACAAAUUCAUGCGCGCCACCUAUUGUGAGAAUGUGGAGAAAUGGCCAAAUUCGAAUCGUUUCAAGCGAACUUAUGCCCAGCAUUUGCCACUAUUCGAAACGCUGUACACAUUCAAUCAACAA